AUGCCAGAUGAACCAAGCAGUGCUAGUGGGAAGAAGUCCACAGAAGAGCCCCCACCAAUACAGUGGCAAUUUAUCGAUGCUUCUGACAACAGCAGGAGUACUUUAACUAAAGUAAAGCGUCAUGUUAUGCAGGAAUAUAUGCGUCAAAAGCGACAUGCAAGCGGGCAGUCUGGUGCUGAAAUCGAAGAGGGUUCGUCGCAAGGAGCGAAGACACAGCAAGAAAGAGCCAUUGGUCAGGUUACAAAAACGAGUGAAAACCAAACGGACAACACUCUAAAUAGUGGAGCUCUGUAUGGAACCGAUGCUCUUGCGCAGGAGGAUGUUCCCAAGCCGACACUCAAUGACUUCGUAGCGCAACAAGAGUCGAGCGGGGCUAUGAAAAACCAUGCCACAGAUGGCAGGAUCAUCUUAAGUUCCAGGCCUGCAGUUCGGCCAUUCUUUGAAGGCAUAUCUUUCAGAAGCAAAACGAAUUCGCCCAAGGCCUACUGCCUGUCUCAAAGCAGCAUCUCCGACACCAGCACUCCAACGCCAUCAUCGUCUGCGCCAACAACACCAGAUGAUGUAGCGUUGUCACCAAAGACGAUCCUGAGUGCUGCACGCACAGAUCCAUUCAACACUCUGCCUCUUGAACUAGACAUCGAGGGUCAGAGACUGUUUGAUUUCUAUGUCAACGAAAUGCCUGCUUGCUCAUACGGAAACCACUUCCGGUCACCCAAGGCGCAUAAUUGGUACACAGCGGUAUUUGUCCCUGAAGGCAUGAAGGGACCUGUGGCAUUUCAGAACACAAUACUCGUUCAUGCGGCCAGCACAUGGGUCUGGGUUCGUAAUGAGGAGCCAGACGCGGCAGCUCUCUAUCAUCGUGAUCGUGCGAUUACCAUGCUACGAGAGUUGAGGGACAGGAACCCGGAUGACAUCUCCGAUGAAGCGAUAAUAGGCUGUAUAAGCGCUGCAGGCCUUGAAGACUUUGAUCCUCGGCCUGGUCAUAAGCAGAUUAGCUGGCUUCAUAUGCGAGCGGCAAGGGAGAUGAUUCGCCUUCGUGGCGGGCCAUCUGCCUUUCAUAAGACACGGCUCGGAAUGCUAAUAAACUGGCAAGAUUAUAUUCUUUCAGGCUAUGAGACAGAGGGACCCAGCUUCUUCUUCGAAUACAAUCCUCCAGCCAUGCUAAAGAGGCCAGUUCCCCAAGCUGAAGGGCUUGUGCGGAGUCAGCUGUCGCUUUCAGAGAAUUCGUUCAUCGAGCACAUUAUCGCCCAACACCCCAUACCUCCCCCAGUGGAUGAGAUUGAAAAUCAGUGCAGUGAGUUCAUCAGCUUCCUCAAGCGCUGUGAGCAGCUCGCUAUACACCAACGCACAUCCACCAACUUAACCACGGCACCGAUGCGUCACACGGCAUUCCAGUCAACCUCAUUGUUGUUUGAGAUACUCGCAGCGCCUCCCGGGCUACGCUUUACAGCAUCGGGUAACCGCAAGCAGUUUGUUGCACGGCUGGUUGCCUUGAUCAUGCUCAAUGCUGGCUUGUGGGAUUACCGGAACUCCGUUUCGCAUAGUGAGGCCUUUCUCGGAAAUUUGGAGCAGACUGUCCUGAACUGCGAAGUGAACAUGAGCGGCUCAGUUGAAGCAUUGCUGCAAAUAUUGCUCGCAUGUGAGGAUGGUUCGAUUGAGAUGCCUGAGUCAAGGCGUAAUCCUGGAAAUACACCCGAUUUUACGCAAUACUGCCCUACGGCUGAGACGCCUUACGAUCGGCCAUGGUUUGCAGGCCGAAUGCUCAAAGUGGCCAAACGGCUCAGCUUUGAUAGCUGGAUGAACGUGAACUAUUUUCUCUUCUCCUGUCUAACGUUACAUACGGAAAUACCUUCUGUCUCGCUUUGGGAAGAUGGCUUACGGCAAGAGAUUCUUAGUGCGCCUCUCACUAAUUACGUUAUGCCAGCUCUCCAAGGCCUGUAG